AUGAACGAGAAUCGGCACCGGCGAUCAGAACCGAAGACGACGAAAGUAUGGAGGAAGAACGUGGAUCAAGCGAUGGUCGGAUUCAUCGAAUGUCUUAAAAACUUCCCACUGAUCGCAUUCGAUACAGAGUACCCCGGCGCAAUUCUCCGGACUUUCAUUGAUUCAUCCGACGACGAACGCUACGGCGCCAUGAAACACAACGUCGAGACGACGAAGCUGAUCCAGUGUGCCUUCACUUUGUUCAACGCCAAGGGAGAGAUCGGCGGCACUUGGGAGAUCAACUUCUCCAAUUUCGGCGACCCAUCUGACAAACGCAACGAGAUAUCGAUCGAGUUUCUGCGGAGACACGGCCUGGAUUUGAAAAAGAUCAGAAACGAAGGCGUCGACAUGUUCGGCUACAGCUUCUUCCCCAAGCUUCUCACCGCCUUCGCCUCCCAGAAACACGUCGAGUUCGUCACUUUCCAAGGAGCUUACGACUUCGCCUACAUUCUCUGCAUCCUCAACAACGGGAAACUCCCGGAGACUCGCGGAGAGUUUGUCUCAGAGGUGAUGAGAGUCUUCGGCGAGGUUUACGACUUGAAGGUCAUGGCCGGAUUCUGCGAAGGGCUCGGUGAACACCUCGGGCUGAGCAAACUAGCUCAGGUGCUCGACAUCGCGCGCGUGGGAAGAGCACACCACGCUGGCUCCGACAGCUUAAUGACUGCACUUGUCUUCAUCAAGCUCAAGCAACUCUACGAAGACUCUAGGUACGCUAAAGGAAUGCUCUACGGAAUCGGCAAGAGAAACCUCGUUACAGUGCCUGCUCGUUCGUCCUACUCUUCGGUUUCUCUGCCUCUGAUGAGCCAUCAGGAUCUAGCCGCCGCUGCUGCGGCUGCGGCUGCUUCAUAUCCUCUGUUCCAUAAUGGGUAUGUCCCAAACUAUGAUCUUCCUCCGAUUUACUACUUGGAUCCGUCUGGUGUUCCGUAUUUUCCAUGGAUGUUCUAUAACGGCGUGUAUCUGAAUCAGCUACCUUCAAGCACAUUCGCAUACCAGCAGCCUCAGACACAGUAUGCUGCUGCAGCUGAUUACCUCGCACCUCUGCUUCCGAGCUACUACAAUAAUAGUUCUUGCUACGUACAAGACUAG